AUGUCCAGUAUACAAGAAAUAGAAUUAAGAGAACAGGACAGGUGGCUGCCUAUUGCCAAUGUGGCCCGACUGAUGAAAGGAACGUUGCCUGCAACGGCAAAAGUUUCCAAGGAUGCCAAAGAGUGUAUGCAAGAAUGCGUCUCUGAGUUUAUCUCUUUCAUCACUUCAGAAGCAUCUGAUAAGUGUCUUAACGAAAAGCGCAAGACAAUAAAUGGGGAAGAUAUCUUGUACAGUAUGGCUUCCCUGGGAUUUGAAAACUAUGCAGAAGUGUUGAAGAUCUAUUUGGCCAAAUACAGAGAACAGCAGGCUUUAAGGCAAGAAAGAGGUGACCUGAGAAGAAGACCGGUGCCCACAAUAGACAGUAAUGGCGGAUCACUUAAAACUCCUGCGCAGGACUUUUUUGAUUUUGCGGCAGAUAAAAAGAACGAUACUAGCAUUAACAACACACAGGACCCUGACGAAGACACAGUAAACUACGACAAUGAACAUCAUAGCAAAAAUACCACUGAUCACUUGGACCAGGAUGGUUAUCCUUCCCAUUAUGAGAAUGACGAUAAUGAAAGGAAUCAAGAUCAUAAUGACGAUAAUCAUCACAGUAACGAAAACAGUGGACAUCAUGACAACAACGAAGUACAGUUCUCAGUCCCAACUUUUGACGGAUACGAUGAACAAGCAAGAGCUGCUCCGAACUCCAUGGUUCAUACACAUGCAGAAGACAUUGAGCAUCUAAAUGAAAGACUAGUUAAACAGGAGAAUGUGGAUCCUAACGUUCAUCACGAUGCUGCUCUCGGUCUAAACUUAAACGAUAAUGCGAACGCCAUAGCCUCAGAGAGCGAAGACAUAGCACUAGUAGCCAACGGACAUCAUGGAGAAAAUGUCCUUUACAGGUAUCAGAAUGAUUUUUAA